AGCCAGGGGUCGGCAACCUUUUCUCAUCAAGGAGCCAUUAUUACCAGUUUCCCACGGUAAAGAAAACCCCGGGAGCCACAGCAGCCGCGGCGUUGUGGGUGGGCCUACUGGGCCUGGGCCCGCCCUAAGACAGCCGAGAGCUGCUUUAACCGAUCACAACGGGUGACGGCAACCGACGUGCAACAGCAUGUUGUUGAGAUUAAAAACACACUUAACAUGAAGGCUCAGCAUCCAUUUGCUAAAUCCUAAUUGCUUAAAGGGGCAUUAUGGAAGCUUGACAGCCAAAACAUGUAUAGAAAUAAUAAAUUUCUUCUUCAUACAUUCUCCUGCAAUGCCCUGGUCCUGUAGAAUGAGCCCUGGCAUUUUUACUGUGAUUGCCUGUAUUUCUGUAAAAUCACAGAAAAAGAGAGAUGCUCGGGUCGAGCAGGCUGCUUCAUGCGCGUUCACGCUCAGGCAUCGCCCGUAGCAUUUGCUAUCAGUAGCUUUAGCAGCAGAGAGAGAGGCAGUGCCACUUUGUCGCUGUUCCUAACGCCUAGUGACAAAGCUAGCUACAUUUCUGAGGACCCUUAGCUACUUUCUGUAGAACUUUCUUCUAGAUAUUUCCUGCAAAUUAGCAACAAAAUAGCCAUUUUCGCUCCGAACCGUUCUUGAACGUUGUUUCAGCUGUCAUCAAGGAUAUAAAUAUUACAGAUACAAAGGACAUCACUGGUGCUUUAGCUCACCUAGUAAGACGUUGGACUCUCGUGCAGAAGACCCGGGCUCGGUUCUGGGUGUGACCGUAGUUUAUUUAGAGUUUAUUUUUUACAUUAAUUAUAUAUUUUUUUACAGUAAGAUGCCCAAAUUUUUAUUUGAGACUCGCCGAACGGCAUUGAAAUCACAGAUAAAAAAGAUGUGGGUUCAACUUUCAUUUUGGAACAAUUUUUCAAGCAAGGGAAGGGAAUGAUCUGAGCAUGCAGGAGGACUGACCCAUCAUAAACCUUUGUCGGCUGUGCUGAAGAGAAAGGUACAGAACCAAAUUAUUUAAUUAAUUAGCUGCGCGUUCUCCUGUCCUCUGUCCUCCGCCCCCCCCCCCCCCCCCCCCCCCCCACACACACACACACACAAGGGACUGUCUCAGCUGUUAUUUUCGUUAAGGAGUGUGCACGUACAGCAUGCGCGCCUCGUGCACGAGCCUACUACUGAAGUUGCCGUUACGCUUUUGGCCUGAGGGGGCAAUCGCGAGCAUAACAAUUCAAAACUCCGUAAAGUCCCUUGAACUUUUGUUACAACUUUAUAAACAAUUUACACUGAAAAAGAAUUUUACACAAAUGUAAUCAGUGCUAGCAGUAGGGCUGGGCAAUAAAAAGAAAAUUUAUCGUAAUCAAAAUUUCUAACUCUUAUCUAGAUAAUUUUUCUAUAAAAACCCUUAUGUUGCAUUAAAGCAUUUUUUUGUACUAACAUGUGUAUUUUUGUGAAUAACUUUAGCUAUUUUAAUGCAAUUUAUCUCAUUUUUAUGGAGAUUGUGUAUUUUGGAAGGAAUUACAAAAAAAAGUUAGAAAAAAAAAUUCAUCUUCCUCUAUUAUAACGUGGACAAUUUUGUACAGUUAAGCAUCUUUCAGCAUUUUUUGUGCCAUUGACUUUCAUGUAAAUCAUAUUUUUCUAAUUAGCAUCAAUAUUAGCAUAAUAAAAAAAUAUUAUUGUGUCUGUGUUCACAGGCCUCUCACAAAUUUAAUAUGCAGUUUUACUCUUUUCCACUAGAUGGCGCACUUUCUCCAAAUAUAGCAGGGCAAUGACUGACACAGCAUUUAAAGGUUGAGUGUGGAAGAUUUUAAUAAGAUUUUGAUAAAACGCUAUAUUUAUAAGAAAUGGGAAAUCCACAGGGCAUUUGGAGGUGUGCACAAUGCUUAAAAAGCUAUAUUUUAAUAGAAAACCGAAAAAACAUUUAUUAGGUCUGGCACGACCCAGUGUUUGUUUACAUCUAGCCAGGUGUAUGUUUACAAUUACAACAGCCAAUAGAGGUCGCAACUGAGGGUUGCCAAGUACGGUCCGCUCUGCACAGCCAGGCUGGCACUGGGGAAAAUGGCGGACACAGACACAGCAAGUAAACCAGCUGCUCCUCAGCCCAGAAGACCUCGUAGUUCAGCUCAGAAGAGGAGCGACCAGCAAAGAUCGAAAACCCGAGUGAGUUUGGGAGAAGCAUACACCAGAUGGACCCAAAUAAAGAAUUUUCACCGCAUCCAAACACACGCAGAUAUGGCUAAUUUUCUCAUGGAUCGAUAUGAGAAAUCUGAACAUGGACAUGAACAUGGACCAUCAACCUCCACACCCACUAAACGGAGGCGGCUAAAUCCUCCUGCUCUGUCCAGUAUUGCUGGCUCACUUUCAACAUGCCAGCCAGACAAGAGUGGCGAUGACACGCUAUCAGACUCCGAAAUUACAUGCCUAGAGGACAGCCAGCAUGAAAUUAAUGUGCAGGAAAGUACACAGUCUGCCCUGGGUGUGGAUGUGGGCAUCGAGGAGAUCAAUGAUUUGAGGAACAGCAUUGUUGACUGGUCACAAGGACAAAUUGAUGAGGUGGAUUCUGCUCCAGCUGACAGUUCAGAUGAGGACUUUGUUCUGGGUAUUUGCAUUCGGAUGGGUGGAGCAUUAAAGUCACCGGUGUGCAUCCAAAAUCCACCCAUCAUAAAUUUAGAGGAGUUCACGACAUCCCUGAUGACACAGACCAACCACCGCUCAGUGUUCCAGGAAACAGAGGUGAGGGUGUCAGGCUGCAAACAUGAGGACUUGAUACUUUUAAUUCAAAACUUUUUAAAGACUUCAAAAUAUUACGUUUGUGAAUUACUCCAAUCUCUGCCAGGCAAAACAACACCCACGUUCCCAACACCACUAACUGUGCAAUGUGAGGAAGAUCUCAUUGGGAGGCGUGCCGUCAUUAUUUAUGAAGACUUGCUGCGACAGCUGGCUUCAUUCCUGAUCUUACCUGUCCAAAACUGUCCAUACAAGGAACUUGUACAGCGUCGUGUCUGGGAAAAAGAGGAGGUUCUGACUGACCAGCAGCUCUCUAACAAGAAGACCAUCUCCUGUUUUGACCAGAAGGAACCAGAACCUCCUCUGAUCAAAGAGGAACAGGAGGAACUCUGUAUCUAUCAGCGUGACGGGCCGUUCAUUGAGAACCAAUAUCAGGAUGGAUGCAUCAAUGAAAACUCAAAAUCAAACAGCAAUGAAAAAGUGACACAAAUUAGAAAAUGUCCUCAAACCAAAGAUUAUAGAGACAGUGUAGCCAGUCAGAAACUAAAAAAGCACAAGAGGGCUUACAGAGAUCAUAGACCAUUUUCAUGUAAAGUCUGUUGGAAGUCUUUCAGUGGCAAGUGGGAUUUAACUCGUCAUAUACGAACUCACACAGGUGAGAAACCGUUUGGAUGUGAAACUUGUUGUAAAUAUUUCUCACAGAAUAGUGACUUGACUAAACACAUACGAACUCACACUGGUGAGAAACCAUUUAGAUGUGGAACUUGUUGUAAAUACUUCUCACAGAAAACUCACUUGACUAAACACAUUAGAAUUCACACAGGUGAGAAACCAUAUCCAUGUAAAACUUGUGGUAAAUAUUUUAUUUCCAACAGUGACUUGACAAAACACAUUAGAACUCACACAGGUGAGAAACCAUACCCAUGUAAAACUUGUGGUAAAAGUUUUAAUCACAGUAGUCACUUGUCAAAACACAUGAGAACUCACACAGGUGAGAAACCAUUCAAAUGCAAAACUUGUGGUAAAUGUUUUUCCCAUAAUGGUACUUUGACUGAUCACAUGAGAACUCACACUGGUGAGAAACCAUAUCCAUGCAAAAUUUGUGGUAAAUAUUUUUCCCAGAGUGGUUCUUUGACUAAACACAUGAGAUCUCACACAGGUGAGAAACCAUAUUCAUGUCAGGGUUUCUCCCAGGAAACUUGCUAGGCCUGGUGGUGGGAAAGCCCACUGUAUUUAUGUAAAAAGUCAGACAUAUUUAAGUUAUAAUUUAAAUAAAUAAAGUUUGUUUCACUUAAAUUAAAUCAAAUUAAUCCCAAAACUAGCCAUACCUGGUCACAUUUAAAAGUAAUAUAAAUUAGCAUAAACAAUUAAAUGCAAAGAAGGCCAGUAGGUAAAACAAGGGAAUUGAAGAUGUAUGCUGUGCUCUACCUUUAGCUGCAUAUGGUACAGUGCCAGUCUCUGUCAUCAGUUUUUUUUAAACAUUUCCAGAGCCUUAUUCAGAUUCAGAAUCAAUUUUAUUGCCAUUGCCCCAGUGUCCUGGAGCGUAGGAAUUUGUCUCUGCAGCACAGCCUGACCAAGGAUGAACCUACAGACAUGUAGAACAAAAAAGAUACAGGCAGAUCACAAGGGUAGCCAUACACGCCACUUAUAUAAUCCAGUUCAGCCACAGAGGCUCACAGGUAGCGGUUUUGGGCAUUGAAAUAAUGAAAAAUACACCUGACCUUUCAGCCUGUUUAUGUAUCGAUCAUAAGAUUACGCUAUUGCGCUCCCAUAUCACCAGAUGAGGUAAAAGACGGACUUGCUGGUUAAGGAUACCAUUUUGAUUUAACUAGGGCUACAGCUCCAGCUGUGAGUGUCCAGACCGUUGCUAGCUGCAGCCAUCUACAUAAACAGGAUAGUGGGGAUUUUUAUUUUACUUGUGAAGUUUAUUCAAGCUUAGUGUGAACACGUUUAUAAUUUUUUUUCUGGGCCCCACUUAAAGCAGAAGUUAAAGGGAGCCUCCUCCUACCCAUUAGCGUUAGCUUACCUGGUUGUGGAUUUUCUCCUGAGGCUGGCUGAAGACAGCGGGUGUUUCCUGUUAAAGUGCCUUUGGAUUGAAGUUAUGCUGGGAAAGACAACUUAAUUGUGGUCUCAAAUGGUCUCGAUUGUUGCACCGUUUUCCCCGUUUAUCAUUUUCUCCAUCUUCCUCCAUGGUUCCAUGAUCACCAAUGUUGUGCGCCAGUAAAAUGGGUUCAAGUAAAGAGUUUGGCUGCAGUGUGCAUAUUUAACAAAGUUUCGUAUCAGUAAAAAACGAUUGAAGGAAUUUUUUUAAUCAAACUGCUUGAGUAUUCGUUAUAGCUUUAAUUUAACCAUUUUAAAUGUUAAUUUGGUGCAUAAAAACGUUUUUAGUAAAUGGGUGGUGCUUAGUGCUGUGGUAGCAUUACUGUGACCAGCAUUUAAAUUAUACUGACAUUAAAGUGUGUGAAACAUGUACAGUAGGGCAUAAAAGUAUUUAGUCACCCACCAAUUGUGCAUGUUCUCCCACUUAAAAAGAGAAGAGAGGCCUGUAAUAUUCAUCAUAGGUAUACCUCAACUGUCAGAAGCAAAAUGAGAAAAAACCUCCAGAAACAACAUUGUCUGAUUUUUAAAGAUUUUAUUUGUUAUUUAUGGUGAAAAAUAUGUACUUGGUCUCCUACAAAUAUUUCUUCAUCAUCAUCUUUAUUUCUAAAGCACUUUCCAUCAUCCAAGAGGCAAACCAAAGUGCUGCUCAUGUACAAAAAUUUUUAAACACAUGGCCAACAAUAAAAUAUACAUAGUAAAAAAAAAACAAGUGUAAAGUGCUUUUUAUGUGUGAUCUGACAAUUGAUCAACCAUUGCUUAAAAAUUAAAUACAGCUUAGCCAGUCAAUUGCUGUGAUCAUAAAGCACGUAAACGGCAGCUGACUUGCUAACUCUAGAGUUAAGGGAGUUGCAAUAAUCGAGCCGAGAAGUAAUGAAAGCAUGGACUACAGUCUCUAGGUGGGCUUGCAACACUAGCGGCUUGAUCCUGGAAAGGCAACGAAGAUGGGAAAAGCAAGAGCGUAUCACUCCAUUGAUGCGAGUCUUUGCUUUAGGGUGACUAGCUAGAGAGGUCAACUUCCUGCUUAGUGACACAUCUAGCACUCAAACUAAAAACAGUUACUUCUGUUUUACCCUCAUUAAAUCCUAAGAAGUUAGAGGCCAUCCAUGCUCUAACUUCAUCUAAGCAAUCUAGGAAUAGAUUGACUUGGCCUGCGGAACUCUGUCUCAAGGGAACAUAAAUUAGGCAGUCAUGGGCAUACAGAUGGAUAUAGAGCUCCGGACGUCACGUGACUCUCAGAGAGUAGACGCCAUGUUGGCAGGCAACAAAUUGAACGGGAUCGGCUUGGAUUUUACUUCGUCGGAGUUUACUUCACACUUAAAAACCGAAGAAAUUGUUUUAUAGUCAGAAAUUAAAUAGACUAGACAUCUCCGACCCUUACCUGGCGGGGAACCCCUUGGGAUUCCCUCGGAGGAGCUGGCCCAAGUGGCUGGGGAUAGAGCCCUGCACGGGCCUAAAAUCCGAGCCCGUGUCUGGCCCGGCCCGAGGGGGUGGAGCCUCAGCCCGACCCUGCCCGAAAAGGUUUUCAGGAUUCUCUGGCCCGACCCGAGCCCGACUUUUUUUUAACCAACUUAAUGAAAACAAAGUGCGUCAAUCCUGACGUGCAGGAUCCGAUCAAUUUGUUUUUCCCUUAUUUACGUCACGGAGAUAACGGCGCACUGGCUCUGGUGGUAAUCAAGUAAAAUUUUAUCUCUUUCCAACAAUUUUCACAAGAAAACAAAACAGUUAAAAGCAGGGCUUGUGUUGUGUUGACCGGACAGUUCCCGUAUUUGACGGUUUAUUUUGACGGAGAAAGAAUAGAAAGAAUUACCCCGACGCAUGCAGACGAACUGACACUUUAUUCGUUACGCACAUCGCAGAUGUAGCUAAAAGAUUCCCAUCUGAACAUCUGAGCUGCUCAGCGCAGCUGGCUGUCAGCGCAUAUAUGCACAGCGAGCUGAAGUUGUGGAGAUUGGCUUGGAGUGCGUCGCAGAACCAGAGUGCAUGCGGGAAGGUUCCUCCCACUGAAGCGAGUGUUUUCCAAACCCUGUCGCUCAGAGAGACUUGUCACUUAGAAAAUGUUCCCUGAUUAUGAAACUUUGGCUGAAUAGUGCUUGUUCCUGUCUCCAAUGUGGCGACACAUCCAGGAGGAGAAUCCCAGAAUCUCUUCAGCUCAGGAAGCGCCGAUAUGAUUAUGCACAAGCGUGACCCGUCAACCCGGUCUCACAGUCAGACCGGGUUGGACCUGUUCAGGUUUACGCAGACAAUCUUUACAUAGAAUUGACUUACAGAUAUAAAAUUAAUUCAGUAAAAUAUAAAGCAUUUUAUUUAAAUAUCCAUUCAUUAUUUUACAAGCACAGAGAGCCACAUCAGAUGCAUCUGAUGCGGCUCUCUCGUCCAUCCAUGGAUGGAAGAGCCGCAGGUUGUGAUGUUUUCUCCAGGACUAGAGAGGACGCAAACUUGAUACUUCUCUUUUAUUGUGAGUUAAUAAUUUCUCUGAGUUUUGCGGUUGCGGGCGGGAGUAGACAUGCACGCUGCAGGUGCGGGCGGGAGUGUAGCACACACAUUGCAGUUGCAGGCGGUAAUGGUCAGAAAUUCAGCGGGAGCGGGCAGGAGCGGGAUGAAGAAAACAGUCCCACGCAGGGCUCUACUGCUGCAUUUGUGUUUCAAAUUUUAUUUAAUGAAUUCGAUUAAAAAUAAAGGCGCCCGGCCCGGCCCGUGUCCGAGGUAAUUACACAGUCGUUGGCCCGAAGCCCAGCCCGAGGGCCUAGGGCUUCAGUGCAGGGCUCUAGCUGGGGAGAGGGAAGUCUGGGCCUCUUGACGCUACUGCCCCCGUAACCCGACUCCGGAUAAGCGGAUGAAAAUGGAUGGACAAAUAACAGAUUUACAUGUAAGUAGUUUAAAUAGAGUGCUGUGCUGUUUGAAUGUACAAACUGAACGCCAAGAGAAAUCACUAGUUUGAUUUUUUUUUUCCGUGAAUAAAAUAAAUGUCAGGCAGGAACGUCUCAGGAUCUGUCUGAGAUCUGUUUUGGUGAGACAGAUAAUAGCAAUCCAAAGUGCUUUUUAUGUGUGAUCUGACAAUUGAUCAACCAUUGCUUAAAAAUGAAAUACAGCUUAGUCGGUUAAUUGCUGUGAUCAUAAAACACGUAAACGGCCGCACGCAGAACUCACAAGGUCACGUUUUACGUGACGUUUACUUGUUGCUGUGAGUAAUAAGACAGAAAAAGCCACGCCAAAAUAAGUUUAGGAAGCCCACUAAAAAUCGUAAUAAAAGCAUUUAAAAUGAAUACCACACACAGUUGAGGAAACGUUGGUUUAAGUACCUGAUAUGAAGUGGUCGCUGCAUAAGCGAAAACCUUUACUCUCGGGAUCCCACAGUUUCAUUUUAGCCCGGUCACUAGCGCAUUUUAUUACAAUGAUCCAACGUUUUCGGCGCUCCGUAUCUUGGGGAAUCCUGUAGAUGGCUCAUUCCUUAUGUCGUCCACGUCUGUUCUGCAUCCUGGGGCACAACAGGAAUCUACCAUAUUUCCCGUUUGACUGAGUUUUCUGACAAUAACAAAUAGUCCAGCUGCCGGCUUCUGCCUGCCAAUAUGGCGCCGUUUCGAUUUGAACUGUUGCAUGCCGGGAGAAGUGACGUCAACUCCCGGAGCUCUAUAGACCUAGUGCUUCCAAAAAAAUUAACCAAGGGGCAGCAGAUAAAGAGAAAGAACAACAAUGGGCCCAGAACAAAACCCCCCAGGAGAGGCUGGCACAGGUUGAAGAACAGUUGUUGCCAAGCUUCAUGCAGACGCUUCUCUCUGAGAGAUAUGACAUAACCCACUCCAGGGCACAUCCAGUAAUCCCCGCCCACAGCUCAAGCCAAGAUGACAGGAUAUUGUGGUCCACAGUGUCAAAAGCUGGUGAGAGAUAAACAACAAAAGAAUUGCAGUGUCCCCUGAGUCAUUGGCUAAGAAAACAUCAUUAAAAACCUUUAAAAGAGCAGAUUCAGGGCUGCGUCCAGCUUUAAAACCAGACCCGGUAUCAAACACUGACAACACAGAGUCAAGAGUAUUGAACAGAAUGCGAUAUUGGUGAGGAAGCUACACUUUGCUAACUUUACUCCUUGGUAGUCAGACCAGCUUUGUUUCAGUAUUUCCAGAGACACCUGUAGCCUGUCCUUCCUCCAUUUUUGCUCUACCCUCAUGCACUCAUGCCUGAGAGCCCUUGUCUCAGAAUUUAGUCAAGGCUCACUCCUGCGCUUGCGCGGUUUAAGGCGAGCAGAUGCAACUAUGUCCAAAGAAGUCCUGCAUAUUUCAUCGAACACAGUUCAAUACAUUUCUGGCUGUCACAGACCUGUACCAUCUUCUGUAAGAGGCUCCUCUAUCCUCCACCUGAUACCUGUAUUAUUGGCACCUGUUGGAACUCGUUAUUGGUAUAAAAGACACCUAUCUUCAACCUCAAACAUCCACAUUCCAAAUUCCACUAUGGCCAAGACCAAAGAGCUGUCAAAAGACACCAGAAACAACAUUGUAGACCUGCACCAGGCUGGGAAGGGUGAAUCUGCAAUAGGUAAGAGCUUGGUGUGAAGAAAUCAACUUAGGAAGCAAUUAUUAGAAAGUAAAAGACAUAAAAGAGCAGUGAUAUUCUCCCUCAGUCAGGGGCUCCAUGCGAGAUGUCACCCUGUGGGGUCAAAAUGAUCACAAGAACAGCGAGCAAAAAUUCCAGAACUACAUAGGGGACCUAGUCAAUGAUCUUCAGAGAACUGGGACCGAGGUUACAAAGGCUAUCAUCAGUAACUCACUAUGCCACCAGGGACUCAAAUCCUGCAGUGCCAGAUGUGUUCCCAUGCCAUGUUUAAAGAGACAGUCAGCAGAUUUUACCCAUUUUCUCUGAAAAUGUUCAUCAAAACGUUGAAACUGAAUAAAAUGAUGUCCAGUUGUUGAAAAAUAUUGGCAACUUCUUGCCAUACAACCAUAAAAAUUGGGUCUAAAGUACUUAAGAUGUGGGUCUGGCCUCUUUAGAGGACUACAUGUUUCCUUCUGGUGUAGUGACAUGAAUGGCCUCAUUUGUGACCCAAAGGUCACACUUCCUCUGCUGGGUCAAGCUGUCCUGGCUGUACUUCUAUUUACAGAUUAUCCGUUACAGGAGACACGAAGUCUGCUGUAAACCAUCUUUAAUCUGAACUGCAUUUAUCUGACUGCUGUUCCAUCCGCAAGACGAAGGACACUUCAAGAUUUAAAAGAAUCAUUUUUAAUAAACUCUUUUCACUGUCUAUUACAAUGUCCAUAAAUAAUCAUCAAGGUUCAUUAAAAAUGUAUUUAAUUACUGAAAUGAAUUAUUAUUCUUUGGUUAAUAAUUAUUAUUUAUGAUAAUCAGUAAUGUUUAACACUGACAAGAAGAUCAUGUGCACUUAUACACACCAUGCAGGACUCAGAAAUCAGGUAAAAGAUAACUGCAUUCACAUGUCUUUGUUACAUGACACCAGAGCUUUCUAUCUCUGGGAAGGCGUGUUCUGAGGUAUGUUAAAACCUAAACUCCUCAGUUCAAGUUCAGUUCUUGAGCUCACCAAAAAUCUCUCUGUGGCGACGAGAGUCCAGAGUAUCGGGUCGGCCGCUCGAAAUCUCUACUAAAGCUUUUCUGUCACGCCGAUAGGAUUGCUUCAACAGAAACGCCAUCUGCAACAAACUGACGCAAAACUCCUUCAGAGCUAAUUUUAAGAUGCAAAUUCCACACCUGUGUGCCUGCGGCAACUCUAGGACCAGAGAGUCGGUACCACUGGUCUCCCCUACCAGACCGAGUACCCUGAGGCUGAUCAGCAUCCUCCCUUGACCUCCGGAUCCAAACAGAGGGUCGUCUGAACGGUGAGGUAGAGCACAAGAUUGCGUCUGAAUGCCUGUUCUUUUAAGAAAUAACUGUAGUUUAGCUGCAAACCAAAUUCUUUCACCCAGAAUGCGUUUUUCUCUCUCUAAGAUAAAAACCUUCUGAGACCUACAUUCACACAUCCAAACACACACACUUCAUAAACACACACACUUCAUUUUUAGUUUCAUCCAGAAACAAGUUGCUUUAAUACCAAAGCUUUUAUAAAUUGUCAUUUAUGAAUUGUCUUUUAAAUUGUCAUCUUUAAAUCGUUAGUAAUACAUUUUUAACUUUUUAAACCUGACUCUUCUUUGAAAUGAAACACAGAGUGGUGCAUAUUUGGUCACUGAACGAGCAAAGAUCUCUUUAAAUCUUCUGAAUUAAUAAAUAAACUUUUGCUUUUAAUUUAAAUCUCUUAAAUUAAAUAUUAAUCUUUGGAUAUAAUAUAGACCAAGCCAGUUGAUUCAUUCUAUCGAUUAUAUAAAUAUCCAUGGAUGUAUAUAUAUAAUAUAAGUUUCAUUGCCAAUUCGUUUGAUCGUUCUCAGGAUUUAGCAAAGCUGAAUAGCAACAGCGUUAAAUUCUAGUUAUGUAGAUUAACAACGCUACACUGGCCAGCUUGGUGUCCUGCACCUGAUGAUGACGUCACACCAGAUCACUGGCUGAACAUACAACUUUUGGAAGUAACGUUGCCUCAUUCAAAAACAUUUAGGCAGUAAGAAACACAAAUAUAAUAACAAAACUACUAAACUUUUUCCAAAACAUACAUUAAAAACAGAUUUGAAAGAGAUGCAAAAUGUUUUGGCCAAGCAGGAUUGCCGUAGUAUGAUAACGUCAUCGGCAGGCGCAAGCCUCCCAGCAGAUCCAGGAAGGACAGCGCCUGAAAACUACAAUUGGCAUUGCAUUCUCUUAACUGAAACACAUCCUCACAUGCCUGUGGAUAUCAUAUAUUGCAGGGGUGUCAAACUCAAACUCACACGGGGCCGAAAUGAAACUCUGGGACGGAGUCGAGGGCCAAACUUAAUAUUUUUUGAAAAAGUGACGGCAAAUUUGCACAUUUUCUUUAUCAACAUAUAUGCAAUUUUGAACCUUUAAAUUUGGAAACAAACUUAUUUCUGCAUUAACACUGAAUGUGGAAUAACCAAAUUACACACGAGCAUGUCAGUUUUAAAUAAAACACAUCAGUGGUAUUCAUUACUUGUGGUAUAAUCAGCAUUUUUAAAAUCUAUUCAGGAUUUAUGUUUUCUUGUUUAUUCAUUUUUCUUAUUUUUUAUUCUCCUUUUUUCUCCUGUAAUAAGUGUCAUCGCUGCUGUGACAUCUAGCUUUCCCCACUGAGGAACAAUAAAGGGAUUUUCUAUUCUAUUCA